UUUUACGCACACAUGCACAGAGAGGAGGGUGCAUUACGCACGGUACAAUUACGUGAACGAAUUUAGGGUGAGGUGCACGCGCGUAAAUACCAAAAUAGACAGAUUAAGGAGAGCAGAUAUGACAGGUUGGCGUUUUUGGAGACAUUAAAGAGGAAGAAGCAGAAAAGAGGAUUUGUUGACAAAAACACCAAGUUGGAUAAGCUCCUCCUCUCCGUGAUGUAGUCCGAACUUCCUUAAUUACUAAUUUCUCUACAUCCAAGCCACGCUCUCUCUCUCUCUCUCUCUCGCUCCCUCUCUCUCUGCCUGUCUCUAUUCUUUCUCUCAACUCCUCCAUCCAUGCAUCUCUCAUCCUGACCCUCCUUUCUCUCUCCUCUCUGUCUCUCUUUCGUUUCCAGCCCGGAUAACGGAGGUGGACGAGCUUUGGAGUUGUUGUUGUUGUUAUUUUUUUAAUUAUUAUUAUUUAUUCCUUGUUUUUGAGAGACCCGCCAUCGGGCAUGGAGGAUGUAAAAAACCCACCGACCGUCCACCGGUCCUCCUCCUUCAGUAUCAAGAGCCUCCUGCUUCCCUCCAAGUACGAGAGACCGGACCCCGUCGCCGCCGCUGCCGCCGCCGCCGCCGCCGCCGCCGCUGCGGUCGUUGGCAUCCCGGGGAGCUUCUCUCCAACCCCGAGCUCCGACUCUGAGAAGUCGUUGGACCCACCGGAGGUGGACUCCACGGCUACGGCUUUGGAUCCGGGGAAACCGGCCAAGGAGGAGCAAGGGGAAGAGGGGGAGGAGUGCGCAGGGGACCGAGCCAAGGCCACACCGGAGCAGAAUACUAUCGGCAAUAAUAGCGGGAAAAACGGGAAAUAUGACAAGCCUCCGUUCAGCUACAAUGCCCUGAUCAUGAUGGCCAUCCGGCAGAGCCCCGAGAAGCGGCUCACGCUGAACGGCAUCUACGAGUUCAUCAUGAAAAACUUCCCGUAUUACCGGGAGCACAAGCAGGGCUGGCAGAACUCCAUCCGGCACAACCUGAGCCUCAAUAAGUGCUUCGUUAAGGUGCCCAGGCACUACGACGAUCCGGGGAAGGGGAACUACUGGAUGCUGGACCCGAGCAGCGAUGAUGUUUUCAUCGGAGGGACGACCGGGAAGCUCCGCCGGCGCUCCGCCACCUCCCGGGGCAAGCUGGCGAUGAAGCGCGGGCUGCGCUUCGCUCCUCUGGGCUUGGGGAUUAACGAGCGAGCGAACAACCCGCUGUACUGGCAGAUCUCUCCCUUUCUGUCCCUGCACCAUCACCACCACCACCACCCGCACUACAACGGAUCCUCGCCCGGGUUUUUGAACCAGGCGGGAGGCUACGGUUCGUUGCUGCCCGCCGUGGAGCAGCUGAGCAACGGGAACCUGGGGCGCUCCAUCCUCGGCGGGUCGGCCGCCGGGGCGCUGGGCUUGACGAACGGUUACGGGAUGAGCACGUCGCCGGUCGGGCUGCUCUCCGGACAGACUGCCGGGUAUUUUGUCUCAGGGAACCAACAUGGAGGACCGGGAGGAGGUCCGCCUACUCACCCAUCGCAUCUCCAGCAGAGCGCACCGGGUUAUGGCGGCAUGGCGACCAGCAGCUCGCCGCAGUCCCUGCUGUCGGACUCCCUCAGAAAUAACUCCCUACCGGCCUUCUCCCCGGGCGUGUCCGCGGGGUUCCACGGGGUGCUGUCCCACCAAAAGAGGUUGACUUCAAACGCUUUCCUAAACUGAAUCCCCCCCCCCCCCACCACCACCCCUCUCCUCCCCCAUCACCAUCAAUUCACACAGUGGAUGGUACCGGGACGAGGACGCACAAAAGCAGUCAUGUUAAGGGCAAAUAAUAAGUGGUAAAUAUCAAUUAUUGAACGCAAAAAUAUAUAUAUAUAUGAAGUGAACCUUUUUGGCCAUAUUCCACCCCGAAGAGCAACGGGUUUAUUUUGAAGGAUUUUUUCUUUUCUUCCCGCAAUUGUUUGAAAAAGGGACACACUUUUGUUACCCGCAGGUUGUACAACUGUAAACUAGACUGCCAAAGGUAACGCUUUAAGGAUAUUUCAAGCUAUUUAUAUCUUGUACAAAGAUUUUCAGUACUUUCUUUGAGUCUUUUAUUUAUGUUUUGUAUUUAUUGUACAAUGUAUUUAAAUUCUAUUUGUCAGUGUAUACUUAGCAGUAUUGAGGAAAAGGGGGAAUGGUGGGGGUGAAAUAAGACACACAGGGUUAAUAAUUAUUUAUGAAUUUUGAGACAAUCAAGGAGAGAGAGAAAAAAGACAAUCAACUUUUUUUAUUGUUCUCUUUUUUUGGGAGGGAAAAACUUGUGAAUAAGUAGAUAAUAAAUAAAUAAAGCCUUAAAAUCAGCAGAAACAAUCAGGGGUUUUAAGAGGAAGCAUAAGCCUACACAUCAUAUCUCUACUCAGGUUUGCCCGGGCCUAAUAAUAAUAAUAAUAAUAAUAAUAAUAAUAAUAAUAAUAAUAAUAAUAGGAGAAGUUAAUAUCUUUACUGUUGCCUUUCAGUGCUAGACAUUAAUUUGUUGGACUUGAACACAAUCCUUUAAGUAAAUAAUACAUGGACAUGUAUUUAGGAAUAAAACUCUUCAUAAAAUUAUGCAAAGCAACGCAGCUAUUACACACGUUUUUAUAUGUUUUCUGUUCAUCAUCAAAUCCCAGAUUGUCCUCUUCACUUCAGUUUGUACAGGCUUUUGUGAGCGUAAAACCUCCUGCGCAUGUGCGCUCAUGGCCGCCGUCUACAAACAAUUUAAUGAAUAAAAAUAAACACCAACACUC